GUUGGAGCAGCUGCCAUAUAAGACCGAGGACCUGGCCCAGGAGAUGCUAAAGGUGGUCCCUACAGACAGGAUCUCGGCUCCGGACGCCAUGCAGCACCUGUACUUCAACACACUGCCUCCUCCCAUCAUGCACCUCAGAGACACUGUGUCCAUCUUUAAGGUUCCUGGCAUUCGUCUGGAAACGGAGGUGAGAGACAUCUAUAACCCUGGGCGCAAGGUCAAACCCUCCCUGCUGCCCUCUGCUAAAUUCUGGUGA